UAGAUCACCUCAACUGAGCCUGCUACUCUUCUCCCAUCUUGGAAACAAGGCCUCAAUCACCAUGAAGGUCCUCAUCCUGGCCUGCCUGGUGGCCUUUGUCGUGGCAAUGCCUGAGUCACCCAGCAGCAGUUCAUCCAGCGAGGAAGCUUCCAAAAUUCUGACAAAAAAGCGUGUCCAGAGAGACCCAGAAUACUACCUUCCCCAUCAGGAGGAAUCCGUAAGCAGCUCAUCCAGUGAGGAAUCGACCGAUCGACUCAAAAGACGUCUCCUGAAAGACAAACCCAUCUUCCGUCUCCUGAAGGCUACAGAGAGCUCUUCAAGUGAGGAAUCUGACAGUGCUAUUGAAAAGCGUAUUCUGAGGGAGAGACAGUACUAUCAACAGAAGCUGGAUGAACUCAAAGAAUAUUUUCGUCAGUUUGAACCCUACUUCUACCCUGUGGCUUAUCAGAAAAAAGAAGUCAUGCCCUACCAGCUGGAAUACUUUGUUCCUCAACCAGAAGUGUACAGCAUCCCCCAACCAGUAUAUAGGGUUCCUCAAGAGGUAACCUUCCCCAGUCUUCUCCAUUUCCGCUACGCUUUUCCUCAGUCAACCCUCCCCAUUGAGAGGAAGUAAGAAGACUUCUCAGGGAUACCUACAAGCCCCAAGACUUUGAUUUGAAUGAAAAUCCCAUUCUCUGUGUGUGAUCUCUCAUCUAUCUGUGUUUAAGAUAUAGCACCAUAUUUCUGAAAACCUUGAGCAAGUUGUUAAUUUAGAAUGACACAGUACUGAUCAGGAGAAUCGUUUUGCUGUUCUUCCUAUCCUACUCCAAACAGUUUGCUGUCUCUAAAUCUCAGGGCUAUGGGGAGCUCCAGUAUCUUCAGGGACCAGAGGAUGUAGGCCCUGCUUCUGCCAUGGAAAUUUUAAAUUAUUGAAGUUACUAAUGCCACCAUUUCUAGUAGCUGUGUACAGUAACCAUGUUGUUUUCUUUCCUAUCUUUUC